AUGGUUAAAUCUUCCCUUCUCUUGUUUCUUCACCUUCUUUGGCUAGAGUUGAGUCUUCUUGCUGUUGCUUCGAUUUCAGGGUCAAAAUGUACUAAUUCGUGUCCCUGUCAUCUGGCUAUCAAGGCCCUCAACUUUGAUUUGCAUCCUUGGGGAGAAAAUAGAAUGUUACAACUUGUAGAGUUAGAUGAGCUUUGCCUUGAUGCGUACAAAAUUUCUAAGUUAUACAAGGAGAGAACCAAAAGGUGGCAUGACAAGCACAUCCAAAGGCGUGAAUUCAAGGAAGGAGAAUUAGUCCUAUUGUUCAACUCCCGUCUCAAGCUAUUUCCAGGAAAACUCAAAUCCAGGUGGUCUGGACCAUUCCACGUCACCAAGGUCUUCCCCUAUGGUUCUGUAGAAGUUUGGAGCGAGGGGAGCGGUACAUUCAAGGUGAAUAGGCAAAGGUUGAAACAUUACCGAACUGGAAUAACCGUUCAAGGGAAUCAGGUUUAUAACAUUUCCCUUCCUUCUUCCUAUUGA